AUGUUCUUCUCCACGUUUAUUAUUUUUGCAAUACUUCCGUAUGAAUCUAGUGGAGUUAUGCUAACUUUCUACGCAACUUAUGAUUCUUCAAGUUGCACUGCACUGUCUACACUUUCUUGGGAUGAUUGUGUCACAAAUUGUAAUGAUAAUGUAACUUGUUUUGUGAGUUAAGGGCGUGAAGUUAGGUUAAGUUAGUUAUUUUAUUCAGUACGCUCUCAGCACUUCUGAUAUCCCAUGCAGCAGUUGUGGAUACGACAAAAUAUCCGGAAUAGUUUAUUCUUCUUCCGAAACUGACACGAUUAUCUCACUUAAAAGUGACGUCACUGAUUGUAAAACUGCACAAGAACUACUAGAAGCUCAAGAAAUCUAUAAAUUGAAAGUUUGCACUUAUGGAUUCUACAAAUUGAUCCGAGAGGACUACAUAAUUUGUCAGGCUGUGCUGAUUUAUCAUAUCACUUUCAAUCGAACUGUAGCCACGACUUAUUGCGAUGGAAAAAAUGGUGUGGUUUUGGGAUUAUGGAGUGGAGAUGAGAGAGUGUAUUUUUCGAAUAAAACUAAUCAAUUCUAUAAUUCAAGUUAUAGUAUUUGGAUAAAUUAUCAAACUACAAAUGGUAUAAAUUGGACAUCAACAGAUCCAUAUUUACCAGCAGGGGGAGAUGAUAAUAAUAUUGUUUGGGCAAGUGGUCAUCCGAUUUCUGGCAAUAAUUGUGCAUCACUACAAGCUGGGACCUAUUUGGUGCAAAGUGAGCCAUGCAUCGGGACAACUUGUUCUACAACUUAUUGUCCAAGAAGUAUUAUUUGCGGGAAUUUGAUUGGAUAA